AUGCCCGGCGGAGCGGCACCGCCCCUAGCGGGCACUAACGGGCACGUCAUCGAGGCCCCCGUUACUUGGAAGGCAUACAUGAUGUGCGUCUUCGCUGCCUUCGGUGGUAUCUUCUUUGGCUACGACUCUGGUUAUAUCUCCGGUGUGAUGGGUAUGAAAUACUUCAUUGAGGUCAUCGAAGGCCCUGAGGCGGAGGUCCUCCCCUCCUGGAAGAAGUCUCUCAUCACGUCCAUUCUCUCUGCUGGUACUUUCUUCGGUGCCCUCAUCGCAGGUGAUCUUGCCGACUGGUUCGGUCGUCGUCUCACUAUCAUUCUGGGCUGCGCCGUCUUCAUUGUUGGUGUCGUUCUACAGACUGCCUCCGCUUCUCUCGGCCUGAUCGUCGCCGGUCGUCUCGUGGCUGGCUUCGGUGUUGGUUUCGUCAGCGCUAUCAUCAUUCUCUACAUGUCCGAGAUCGCCCCCCGGAAGGUCCGCGGUGCUAUUGUCUCCGGCUACCAGUUUUGCAUUUGCAUUGGUCUGCUGCUCGCCUCGGCUGUUGACUACGGUACCCAGGACCGGACCGAUAGCGGCUCCUACCGUAUCCCGAUUGGUCUCCAGAUGGCCUGGGCCCUGAUUCUGGCCACUGGUCUGUUCUUCCUCCCCGAGUCCCCCCGUUUCUACGUCAAGAAGGGCAAUCUCGAGAAAGCCGCUAUCACUCUGGCCCGUCUCCGUGACCAGCCGCGCGAUUCCGGCUACAUCAAGGACGAGCUGGCCGAGAUCGUUGCCAACCACGAGUACGAGAUGGCCGUCGUUCCUCAAGGAAACUACUUCCAGUCCUGGGCCAGCUGCUUCCGCGGCUCCCUUCGUCAACCCUCCAGCUACGUCCGCCGUACCAUUCUCGGCACCUCGAUGCAAAUGAUGCAGCAAUGGACUGGCUGCAACUUUGUCUUCUACUUCGGCACGACCUUCUUCCAGCAGCUUGGCACCAUCAGCAACCCCUUCUUGAUGUCCCUCAUCACUACCCUCGUCAACGUGUGCUCUACCCCGAUCUCCUUCUACACCAUGGAGAAGCUUGGCCGUCGUCCCCUGCUGAUCUGGGGCGCCUUCGGCAUGGCGAUCUGUGAAUUCAUCGUCGCUAUCGUCGGCACCUGCCUCCCGGACGACACCAAUGCAGUCAAAGGCAUGAUCGCGCUCAUCUGUAUCUACAUUUUUUUCUUUGCUACCACCUGGGGUCCCGGCGCGUGGGUUGUGAUCGGCGAGAUCUUCCCGCUGCCCAUGCGUGCCAAGGGCGUCGCCCUGUCGACCGCUAGCAAUUGGCUGUGGAACUGCAUCAUCGCCGUCAUCACCCCCUACAUGGUCGACGAGGACAAGGGCAACCUCGGUCCGAAGGUGUUCUACAUUUGGGGUGCGCUGUGCACGCUCUGCUUCAUCUACGCCUACCUGCUGGUGCCUGAGACCAAGGGCUUGACCCUUGAGCAGGUCGAUCAAAUGCUUGCGGAGACCACGCCUCGGACUAGCUCCAGGUGGGUGCCGCACGCUACUUACACGGAGGGUGCGGAGCUUAAGGAGUCGAUGGUUGGCCACCAUGAGGAGAAGGUUGAUGCUAGUGAUGCUAGCGAUCAGGUUUAA